AUGUUGCGUCUAUCGCUGGUUGCCAUCGGUUACGACCCGAAAGCGGAUCAUCAUGACCCUGUUCAAGCUGUGACCUGCAGCAAGUAUUGGAGACACAUCCAGUCUCAGUAUCAGGAUCAUCAUGGAUGUACUAUUAGAGGCACGCAUGGCGUUAUAGUGGUGUAUGACGUCACCAGCGCGGAGUCGUUUGUAAACGUCAAACGGUGGCUUCAUGAAAUCAAUCAAAACUGUGAUGACGUUUGUCGAAUAUUAGUGGGUAAUAAGAACGAUGACCCCGGCUCUAAAGUGGUGGAGACCAACGAUGCACAGAAGUUUGCGGAGCAAAUGGGAAUCCGGCUGUUUGAGACGAGUGCCAAGGAGAACGUCAAUGUUGAGGAUGUAGGGCUGGACUAGUAAUCUGGCAUACUGGGCAUUUUCCCGGUGGGCCGACGCACUUUGGGGUCGAUCAGGGGCGGACUGGCCAUUGAUAGACCCAAGGGAUCCGGUGGGUCGGUCACGAAAUGGGCUGAAUGGCCGCGAUAAGCAUAAAUGAGCCGCCGCGUUAUGCAGAACGGACCACAAAACGGCGAACAGCGAACA